AUGGCAAAGACAGGAGGAGGCACUUCUUGCCUUAAGGCCAUUCAGCUCUUCGAAGAAAAAACCGGCCAAGUGGCAGCAGAAGCCGAAGAAGUGCGGCUAAUAGCGCAGCUGCCGCCUCUGGAGAAAAUGGACGCAGCUUUGGGGACUUUGGUGAACUGCAGAAAACUUUCUCUUUCCACAAACGCCAUCGAAAAGAUCGCCAACCUCGCAAACCUCA